GUUGAAGUUUCAACCACUCGGGCAGGACUUGUCGCAUCCAGUCUGGAGUUGAACAUCGAAGAAAACGGCAGCAAAACCGAAAACUGCUCCCCGAGAACCGUGAACUUUAGAAGGGACUGUGUGAGAGCAGCCAGGAAUCCAAUCAGACACACACACACACGCACCCAUACACUGACACUGACACGCACACAACCGAAUCGAUCGCCUGUACGAACACACCCUCUCGCACACUCAUGCACUCGUGUACAUUUAGCUUACAUAAAGUCUAAGGAAAAAUCGAUAGGAGUGCAUUAAUAAUUCAGCGAAAAAAAAGUGGAGAAGGUCUCGAGCAAAAAAUCUUCGAGCAGGGCGAGUUUUCCACAUUAGCUAACGGUGAAGAAAAGUUCCAUGCCGUGUGAAAAAUAUGACUAAUCUGCAGUGACGACAUACGCCGCUUACACAAUUUCUCUACACCAAUUAAUCGCUGAAAUCAAUUCAAGACGGGCAUUUUCCCACGGGCAAUCGUGAAAAAAUGGUCACCGAAAAUGGAGCUCAGGGCGAUGGAAACACUUCCUUUCUGCGUGCCGCUCGUGCCGGAAAUCUGGAGCGAGUGCUCGAGCAUUUGAAGAACAACAUUGACAUCAACACCAGCAAUGCGAAUGGCUUGAAUGCCCUGCACCUGGCCUCCAAGGAUGGCCACAUCCACGUCGUCUCGGAACUCCUUCGUAGGGGAGCGAUUGUGGACAGUGCCACCAAAAAGGGAAACACCGCCCUGCACAUCGCCUCAUUGGCUGGACAGGAGGAGGUGGUGAAGCUGCUGCUGGAGCACAAUGCCUCCGUGAAUGUGCAAUCCCAGAAUGGAUUCACGCCACUGUACAUGGCCGCCCAGGAGAACCACGAUGCCGUGGUGCGUCUGCUUCUGUCCAACGGAGCCAACCAGAGUCUGGCCACCGAGGAUGGCUUCACCCCGCUGGCGGUGGCCAUGCAGCAGGGUCAUGACAAAGUGGUAGCUGUGCUCCUCGAGAGCGAUACUCGUGGAAAGGUCAGACUUCCAGCGCUGCACAUUGCCGCCAAAAAGGACGACGUCAAGGCAGCGACUCUGCUUCUCGAUAAUGACCACAACCCGGACGUGACUUCCAAGUCGGGCUUCACCCCGCUGCACAUUGCUUCCCAUUAUGGCAACCAAAACAUCGCCAAUCUGCUCAUCCAGAAGGGCGCCGAUGUCAACUACUCGGCCAAGCACAACAUCAGUCCGCUGCAUGUGGCCGCCAAGUGGGGCAAGACCAACAUGGUGUCCCUGCUUCUGGAGAAGGGCGGUAACAUCGAGGCAAAGACCCGGGACGGACUCACUCCGCUCCAUUGCGCCGCUCGCUCCGGUCACGAGCAAGUUGUGGACAUGCUACUCGAACGAGGAGCACCCAUCUCUGCCAAGACCAAGAAUGGUCUGGCACCCCUCCAUAUGGCCGCCCAGGGUGAGCAUGUGGAUGCUGCCCGCAUCCUGUUGUACCAUCGUGCGCCCGUCGAUGAGGUGACAGUGGACUACCUGACUGCCCUUCAUGUGGCUGCGCACUGCGGCCAUGUUAGGGUGGCCAAGCUACUACUGGAUCGAAAUGCUGAUGCCAAUGCCCGGGCCUUGAAUGGAUUCACACCACUGCACAUUGCGUGCAAGAAGAACCGCUUGAAGGUGGUGGAGCUGCUCUUGCGACAUGGUGCCAGCAUUAGUGCCACCACAGAGAGUGGACUUACUCCGCUCCAUGUGGCCGCCUUCAUGGGCUGCAUGAACAUUGUCAUCUAUCUGCUGCAGCACGACGCCAGUCCCGAUGUGCCCACUGUGCGCGGCGAAACGCCGCUCCAUCUGGCCGCCAGAGCCAACCAGACCGACAUCAUUCGCAUCCUGCUGCGCAAUGGCGCCCAGGUGGACGCACGUGCCCGGGAGCAACAGACGCCGCUGCACAUCGCAUCGCGUCUGGGAAAUGUGGACAUCGUGAUGCUUCUGCUGCAACAUGGCGCCCAGGUGGACGCUACCACCAAGGACAUGUACACGGCACUCCACAUCGCAGCCAAGGAGGGCCAGGAUGAGGUGGCCGCUGUGCUAAUUGAGAACGGCGCCGCCUUGGACGCCGCCACCAAGAAGGGAUUCACGCCACUUCACUUGACGGCCAAAUAUGGACACAUUAAGGUGGCCCAGUUGCUGCUCCAAAAGGAGGCGGAUGUGGAUGCGCAGGGCAAGAACGGUGUCACUCCCUUGCAUGUGGCUUGCCACUACAAUAACCAGCAGGUUGCCCUCUUGCUGCUGGAGAAGGGAGCCAGUCCACAUGCCACGGCCAAGAAUGGACAUACCCCGCUGCAUAUUGCCGCAAGAAAGAACCAGAUGGACAUAGCUACCACUCUAUUGGAAUAUGGCGCUUUGGCCAAUGCCGAGAGCAAGGCCGGCUUUACUCCACUCCAUUUGAGCAGCCAGGAGGGUCAUGCCGAGAUCUCCAAUCUGCUGAUCGAGCACAAGGCCGCCGUCAAUCAUCCGGCCAAGAAUGGCCUAACACCCAUGCAUCUGUGUGCCCAGGAGGACAAUGUGAACGUGGCCGAGAUUCUGGAGAAGAACGGCGCCAAUAUCGAUAUGGCCACCAAGGCAGGCUAUACUCCCUUGCAUGUGGCCUCCCAUUUUGGCCAGGCCAACAUGGUGCGUUUCUUGCUGCAGAAUGGCGCAAAUGUGGAUGCGGCCACCUCGAUUGGCUACACUCCGCUCCAUCAGACUGCCCAGCAGGGCCAUUGUCACAUUGUGAAUCUCCUGCUGGAGCACAAGGCCAAUGCCAAUGCCCAAACGGUCAAUGGACAGACGCCGUUGCACAUUGCCCGCAAACUGGGUUACAUAAGUGUGCUGGACUCGUUGAAAACGAUCACUAAGGAGGAUGAGGCAGCUGCUGCUCCGGGCCAAAGCGAGGAGAAGUACCGCGUGGUGGCUCCCGAGGCCAUGCACGAGUCCUUCAUGUCCGACUCCGAGGAAGAGGGCGGCGAAGACAAUAUGCUAUCAGAUCAACCAUACCGCUAUUUGACCGUUGAUGAAAUGAAAUCCCUAGGCGACGACUCGCUGCCCAUCGAUGUGACCCGUGACGAGCGCAUGGACUCCAACCGGAUGACCCAGAGCACCGAGUACGCCUCUGGAGUUCCGCCCACCAUUGGCGAGGAGGUGAUCAGUCCCCACAAGAGCCAGGUGUACGGCAGUUCGCCCAAGGCCACCGUGGAUGGAGUUUACAUAGCCAAUGGCUCUGGUCAUGAUGAGCCGCCGCAUGUGGGUCGCAAGUUGAGCUGGAAGAGCUUCUUGGUGUCCUUCCUGGUGGACGCCCGUGGAGGAGCGAUGCGCGGCUGUCGGCACAGUGGCGUCCGCAUGAUCAUCCCCUCGAGGUCCACCUGCCAGCCAACCAGGGUAACCUGUCGCUAUGUGAAGCCGCAGCGCACCAUGCAUCCGCCCCAGUUGAUGGAGGGCGAGGCUUUGGCCAGUCGUGUGCUGGAACUGGGCCCCUGCUCCACCAAGUUCAUUGGGCCAGUGGUCAUGGAGGUGCCGCACUUUGCCUCGCUGCGUGGCAAGGAGCGCGAGAUCAUCAUACUGCGAUCAGACAAUGGAGAAACAUGGCGGGAGCACACCAUCGAUAACUCCGAGGAGAUCAUACAUGAUGUCCUGCAGCAGUGCUUUGAGCCAGAGGAGAUUGCCCAACUAGAGGAGCAGGCUGGCAACCAUGUCUGCCGAUUCGUCACCUACGACUUCCCUCAGUAUUUCGCCGUCGUAUCACGCAUACGUCAGGAGGUCCAUGCCAUUGGACCGGAGGGCGGCAUGGUGUCCAGCACCGUGGUGCCGCAGGUGCAGGCCGUCUUCCCACAGGGAGCCCUCACCAAGAAGAUCAAAGUUGGCUUACAGGCCCAACCGGUCGAUCCCGAUCUCACGGCGAAGCUAUUGGGUCGCGGCGUGGCCGUAUCCCCAAUUGUUACGGUCGAGCCGCGUCGCCGUAAAUUCCACAAGGCCAUCACACUCAGCAUGCCCGCCCCCAAGGCUCACAGCCAGGGUAUGAUCAACCAGUACUCGGGCAAUACGCCCACCCUGCGUCUGCUAUGCUCCAUUACAGGCGGACCAUCUCGUGCUCAAUGGGAGGAUGUCACCGGUUCCACGCCCUUGACAUUUGUCAACGACUGUGUCUCCUUUACAACCACAGUAUCAGCUCGUUUCUGGCUGAUGGAUUGCCGCAACAUUUCGGAUGCCACCAAAAUGGCCACUGAACUGUACAAGGAAGUCAUACAUGUGCCGUUCAUUGCCAAGUUUGUGGUAUUCGCCAAGAAGAUAGAGCCAUUCGAGGCUAGACUCCGUGUCUUUUGCAUGACCGACGAUCGUGAGGAUAAAACCCUGGAGAAGCACGAGCUCUACACGGAAGUGGCCAAGAGUCGUGAUGUCGAGGUCCUCGAGGGCAAGCCGCAGUACAUCGAAAUGGCUGGCAAUCUGGUUCCAGUGACCAAAUCGGGCGACCAGCUGCAGGUGCAAUUCAAGGCCUUCCGAGAGAACCGCCUACCGUUCACUGUACGAGUCAAGGAUCAGCAUGCUGACAUUGUUGGACGCACUUUGUUCAUGAAGGAACCGAAGGUGGCCAAGGGCGAGCCACCGCAACAGCCCAUCUGCAUCCUGAACAUCGUUCUUCCGGAGGCUGUAAUUCCCGAUUCCACAACCGCCUUUUCGGACCGCGUCACCUCCGCUUACAGGACCUCAAUGUUUAGCUUGAGCAAGCAUCAAAAUGACCAUUACAUCGGCGACAUCCGCAUCGUCGAUCUAUCCAACCUGUUGGGUAAGGAUUGGAUUCAGCUGGCCCCGGAGAUUGGCAUCAAUGGGGAGGAGAUCGAUGAGAUCAUCAACCACAACACAGAUAGCAUUGCCAGGCAGGCGCAGAGCAUGAUUCGCCUAUAUAAGGACAAACCAAACUACGAUAUUCUGUCGUUGGAAACGGCACUCAAAAACAUUGGACGAGACGACAUCAUGAAGAAGUGCAAAAGUGGACGACUAUCGCAUUCGCGUGAGUUCGAUGAGGCGGACCUCAUGAAGAACUCGGAGUCCGUGGAGGAAUUGGUUCGCAGGGAAAGCAAGCGAAUCCAGCAAAUUAACGAACGCGAAGAGGUCAAAUACUCCGCCGAGGAGAAGGAAGUCGAGGAAUCGGAGUCUGAUGAGGAGGCUGCUAAGCGAACAGUAGCGGAACGGCGGGAAAAGAUUGUCAAGCGUCUGUCCAUGGAACGAUCCAUUCCUGCCUCAACUCAAAAGAAGGAGAUCACCCGCGAAAUAACCGAAAUCAAGCGCAAGAGUCUCAUCGAGGACAAGAAGGCUCACCAUGAGUCCGAAAUUCUGAUGCAACUGCCUGCCGAUAACGUGAUUAUCAAGACAGCAACUGUGCCCGACCAAGUCAUUAAGAUGAAGAUGGGCAAGAUGGACUCAACCGAGGUAAGCAAGAGCGAGUUCGACAAGGAACUUACGCACAAGUUCAGGACAUCCGGGCGUAGCUCAGAGGAGGAAGACCAGCCAUCGUCUCCGGAUCAGACUGACAAGAUUGUCCAGGACAUUAGUGCUGCCGAGAAGAAGGAGAAGGAUGGCGUUACCUUCAGCCGAGUGACGACAAUAACCCGCCAAGAGGCUCGCGACAUCACAGAAGACUUCUUAGAGAUGGAGAAGCGCAGCCAACUGCCGGCUACUUCCACAAAUGCAACCGUUCAUGAGAAGUUCGCUGAGGAGAUUAAGGAGAAGACCAGCCCCCUGGCUUCUGUGCCGCAAGAAACCGUCAAGGAGGUGCAACAAGUCAUCAGCGAGGUCACCGAAAUAGCCAGCAAGAAGGUUGAAAACAUUAUUAGCUCCUUUGAGAGCAAGUCUGUGGAAGCCACUCCAGUUCUGCCAACACAGUCCUCUGUCGACUCCACGAAGGUUAGCGAGACCAUUAAGAACCUGGAAGAUGCAAAGGCCGUGCCCGCGGAGCAAUUGAAGACUGUCCAUGUUAUCGAGAGCUCUAGUAUCGAGGAGACCAUUGCCGAGUUCGAAGCCAAGAAGGUCAAAUAUGACUUCCAUGGCGGUGAGCCUAAGACACAGAUACCUAAGUUCACGCGGAAGCCUAGCGAUGAUUCGAUGAAGCCCACCGCAGCUCCACGUGCUACAGUUGAGUCCGAAACUGAAUCGAUCACUGAGACUAAGGUCGAAAAGCCGAUCUCAAAGAUUCCAGUCAAGACAAUGCCAACCGAAGCUCAGAAGGUCAGCGAAGUAGAUGCACGUAAGAUCACUCAAGACUUCCUGCAGGGUGAGAAACUGGCGGCCGAGCCCAAGCCAUCCCCAGCAGCCAGCAAGAUACCCAAGGUGGAGCCGAGAAAAUCUGUGGACAAGCAGGUCGAUCGGGAAUCAAAAAUCUUGGAUGACGUUGUGGCCUCUACGGCCACCAUUAUGACCGCUGGACUAGGGGGUGAGCAGCGCAAAGAUCAACUCGUUGAACAGUCUGAAAUUAUCGCCAAAUCCGAGACAGUCGCGGAAAAGGUAACCGAAAUGCUUGAGACAUUCCACAAGAUCGAGGAGAAGGUCACCAAAUCUGAGAAGACCUCGGAACUAACCAGCAAAAUGGAAGAGCUAGUUAAAAUCGAGGAAAAACCUCUUCCACAAGUUCAGCCCAAGGAGGAUAAGGUGGCUGAAAAGGUUGCUGAAGUCAUCGAAACAUUCCACAAAAUCGAGGAGCAGAUCACCACUGCCGAUGCCCGCCAGCUCACUCGUGAUUUUCUAAGCAUGGAGCAACAAAACCAAUUGCCGAGCAUGCCACAAGCUGCUGAGAAGCCCCUUGAAUCCAGUUUGACAUCCACAAGUGCUUCAGAACCAGAAUCAUUUGUUACAGUGAAGGCCUCACCGCCGGCGAGUAAGAUACCUGUAGUGGAACCCAGGAAAAUCGUUUUCGAAGAACCUACAAAGCCUUUGAUCGAGCCUGAGCCAGUGAAGACCACUGAAAAGAAGCCUCUCGAUGAGCGACAACUAACCGCUGAUUUCUUGAGCAUGGAGCAACAAACCCAGCUGGUCUCCGAGCCUGCCAAAUCGCUGGUAGAAGAGGUGAUCAAGUCCGCCGAGCAAAUAGUGGAGCAACCAAAACAGCAAAAACCAUGGAAUGAACGUCAACUUACAGAGGACUUCCUGCUAAUGGAACAGCAGACACAACUGCCUUCAGACAUUGUUAGGCCAACGGAUAAGCUGAUCGAUGGCAUUGAGUCUGCAGCACCAGUUGGAGAUGGAGCUUCGCCGUUCCACACGCCCAAGUUGACCACCAGUGUGGUGACCCAGGAGCCACAGCAACUGGCCGGCGAAUAUGACAGUGACACUUUCGGCAAGCAGGCCACUAUGCUGCUGGAAGAUCCAAAGUUGGAGCAGGGACUCAUUGCACCAGUAUCCAUGGAGCCACGAAAGUCACUGACCGAUGCCGAGUUCUGCAAAUCGGUGGGCGAAACAAUCACCAAGAAGAUGAGCGUGGGAGUAAUUGAAAUAAGUGAUGAGCUCAAGAAAAUUGAGAGCGAAAUCCCACAUUCCCAGACUCCUCCACCAACACCGAGUGACAACAAAACCGACAAGCAGAACGAAGAGCCGGAACUGAUCAGCUUGGAACGUGAUUAUCUGGCCGACACUGUGACCACCCUGCAUACGACUACAGAGUCGACCCUCGAACGCGUUUCUGCCAUUACCAAAAUUGAAAUGAGUACAAGUAGUCAAACACCGAAGAUGACAACAACGACGACCAUGACAGCACAAAUAGAUCGCACCAAAGUAGAUUUGACUAUUCCUGGGCAAGAUCAGCAAAAACAGAAGGAUCUGAAGGAGCAGUCGCCAGUAGAUGUAGAGGCAAGAACAGAGUCAGAGAAGACUGCCAGUGAUAGGGAUUAUUUAGAACAAAUUAUGGGCUGUGGUGAUGUGAGACGCAAGAUCAUGCGUUUGGAGAGCAGUGGCAGCACAGAGUCAUUGGAGUCAAUGGGCAAGUCAUCCACUGUGACACCCAAAUAUAUAGGCGACAAUGUGCCAGUGGUGCGAGAGGUGGUGCAGAGUAUGGAGGAUAAAAUCUGCAGUACAGUGGUGUCGGCCAUUCCGUUUACCGUGCAAAAACGUAAGCCCCAUGAUGAUGAAAAGGAGCCCAAUGUAGCUGAGCUAGAGAAGCAAAUACUUACUCCAGCAGAUUUGGCCCUGGAAAAGUUAUUCAAAUGUGAACCACCCUCUGAGGUGUUAAAAAUUUCACCCAUCGAAGCCAUGGCUCUUGACCUUAAAGCGAUUGAUGAAGAGGUUUGUGAAAAAGUUUGUGAGAAACGCAAGUCCUUUGUGGUAGCUGAAGACUUAUGUGAAACGGAAAAGACUUUAACCGAACAGGUAAUAGAUUUAAAUAGGCAAGUAGACCAGGUACCUGCAAGGAUUUUUACUGAAACUAUUGAGAAACAUUUAGACUUAGAAGAUAGGGAUGUCAUUGAGGCUUCACCGAAGGUUAGGGAAGUUGUGCAGGACAUUGAACGCAAAUAUCCCGUGGCUAGCUUAGAGGCCAAACCUUUUAGUCCACGCAAGCGUGGAACCCCAGACCGCAAGGUUGAUGUUUCGUCCAUAGAGCAGCAGAUUUUAAGCGACGCCGAUCUGAUUUUAGAUGGUUUGGGCUCUAAGUGCAUACCAGAACAAAAGGUGCAGUCGCCCGUUUCUUCCAUGAACAAGGCGAGCAGCAGUACUGAAAACCUAGAAGACAUAUGCGAAAAAAAAUGCUCAAAGCGCACAAUCUCAGAUAUGGCAAAGGUCUUUGAAAGGAAAGAAGACCCAACAACUUUACCAUCUAUUCAAAAUGUAAAGUCGACAACUGCCAAGUUCCUAGAGUGCGAGUCAGGGAAAUUCGCUAUUACGGAAAGUAUUCAGGAUUUUAAUGCCAAGAGUAGUUUAACUGAAGAAGUAGCAGGGAUUGAAAAAGGUCAAAAUAGAUUUUUAACAGAUUGUGAUACACAAGAAUUUCCAAUAGAAACGAUUAUGGACACCGAAUUCGUAGAAUUCCCAAAAAUUUCACACACCCUCGAACGAUUACAUUCCAUUUCGAAAACUGACAUUGCGGAUACAAAGAAAAUAGUCCACGAAUCUAGUGAAUUCGAAUCAAAACUAGAUAAACUUGUGCACAAGACAUCACAAAUAGAUAACCAAAAUCUUGAUUUUGAACACAAGUUUCCCACUCAGGAUAAUUUAGAUGAUCUUCAGACACAUUCGAUCUUGACCUCUGAACCAAUUACAAUGACUGAUAGCUCGGAGUAUAAAUUUCCAUCUGAAGGGAAAUCUUAUUUAGGUAAGGAACCACUUGAUAGCGAAAGCGAUGAGGAGCUGGACAAUUUGAAAAAGAAAAGUAAGCUUAACCUUUUAUCAAAAAUUGAGCACUCAUCUGUUAUUGAUACAACAAAGAUCGUCAAGAGCAUAGAAAAAAGAGAAAUAACCAAAUUUCCAAUGGCAAACGAUAGUCAUGGUGACAUGUUUAGCAAAUCAGGAGACUUUUCAAAAGAAUUUUUUUCUGAGGAGAAAACAGUAUACAUUCAUUCCAGUGAAUCAAUGUCAGACAAAUCCAACAACUCGUUUAGCAACAAAACUUCGUUGGUAACCUCUGUUACAGGUAGUGGAGACAAUUCUCAUAUUUAUUUUGAAGGAAAACCAAAGUCGCCUGAGAAGAAAGACGAAAAGGUCCUCGCUAAACCAGACGACAGUUUCAAGUCAGUCAUUGAGACUGUUGAGCCCACUCUAGAGGAAUAUUUGGACAAUGAUGCCAAAAUCGAGAUUCCUAAGCCUCAAGACAAGUCUUUCAGUGAGCCAACUCCAUUAGUGACACCCUUCACUAGUAUUCAUGACGCUAAGCCCAAAGAAGUUAUAUCCUUCAAGGCAGAAGAAAGUUCAAAAACAAUUCAAAAAAAUAUAAUGUUCGCAAGCACAAGUAUAACAACAGAAGAUACCAAGAUAGUUAUACCGAUUGAUUCGCUUUCAAACUUGAAAGACGAUAAGAUCCCAACCUCAUUAGGUGACAAAACAAAGUCACCAAGAGAGUCAGUGAAGCCUAUUUUAAAAGAGUAUUCGGACGCUGAAAGUGAUGAAGAGUUUGGAAUUACCAAGCCUCACGAUAAGCCUGAUAGCUACCCAAUAUCUUUGGUAACUGCUGUAACAGGUAGUGGGGAUAAGGCUCCUCUUUAUCCUGAAGAAAAAACAAAGUCGCCUGAGAAGAAAGACGAUAAGGUCCUAGCUAAACCAGAAGACAGUUCCAAGUCAGUCAUUGAGACUGUUCAGCCCAGUCCUAAAGAAUAUUCGGACGACGACUCUGAUGACGAAAUAGAUAUUCCCAAGCCUCAGGACAAACCUAUUAGCCACCCAACUUCUUUCGUAACUGGUGUUACAGGUGCUGAAGUUAAAUCUCCACUUCAAUCUGAGGAAAAACCAAAGUCGCCUGAGAAGAAAGACGAAAAGGUCCUAGCUAAACCAGACGAUAGUUCCAAGUCAGUCAUUGAGACUGUUCAGCCUACUCCCAAAGAAUAUUCGGACGAAGACUCUGAUGACGAAAUAGAUAUUCCCCAGCCACAAGACAAGCCUAUUAGCCAACCAACUUCUUUGGUGACUUCUGUAUUAGGUAGUGGGGAUAAGGCCCCUCUUUAUCCUGAAGAAAAAACAAAGUCGCCUGAGAAGAAAGACGAUAAGGUCCUAGCUAAACCAGAAGACAGUUCCAAGUCAGUCAUUGAGACUGUUCAGCCUAGUCCCAAAGAAUAUUCGGACGAAGACUCUGAUGACGAAAUGGACAUUCCCAAGCCCCAAGACAAACAGGUUAGUCACCCAACUUCAUUGGUAACUUCUGUAACAGGUAGUGGGGAUAAGUCUCUUCUUCAUACUGCAGAAAAAUUACAGUCGCCUGAGAAGAAAGACGAUAAGGUCCUUGCUAAACCAGAGGACAGUUCCAAGUUAGUCAUUGAGACUGUUAAGCCCAGUCCUAAAGAAUAUUCGGACGAAGACUCUGAUGACGAAAUAGAUAUCCCCAAGCCUCAGGACAAACCUAUUAGCCACCCAACUUCUUUCGUAACUGAUGUUACAGGUGCUGAAGUAAAAUCUCCACUUCAAUCUGAGGAAAAACCGAAGUCGCCUGAGAAGAAAGACGAAAAGGUCCUAGCUAAACCCGACGAUAGUUCAAAGUCAGUUAUUGAGACUGUUAAGCCCAGUCCCAAAGAAUAUUCGGACGACGACUCUGAUGACGAAAUAGAUAUUCCCAAGCCCCAGGACAAACCUAUUAGCCACCCAACUUCAUUCGUAUCUGGUGUUACAGUUGGUGGGCGUAAAUCUCCACUUCAAUCUGAGGAAAAAACAAAGUCGCCUGAGAAGAAAGACGAAAAGGUCCUAGCUAAGCCAGACGAUAGUUCCAAGUCAGUCAUUGAGACUGUUAAGCCCAGUCCCAAAGAAUAUUCGGCCAAUGAAGGUGAUUCCAAAAUUGAGAUUCCUAAGCCCCAAGACAAGCCUUUUAGUCAACCAACUCCAUUAGGGACACCCUUCACUAGUAUCCAUGACGUUAAGCCCAAAGAAGUUAUUUCCUUCAAGGCAGAAGAAAGUUCAACAACAAUUCAAAAAAAUAUAAUGUUCACAAGUACAAGUAUAACAACAGAAGAUACCAAGAUAGUUAUACCGAUUGAUUCGCUUUCAAACUUGAAAGACGAUAAGAUCCCAACCUCAUUAGGUGACAAAACAAAGUCACCAAGAGAGUCAGUGAAGCCUAUUUUAAAAGAGUAUUCGGACGAUGAAAGUGAUGAAGAGUUGGGAAUUACCAAGCCUCACGAUAAGCCUGAUAGCUACCCAAUAUCUUUGGUAACUGCUGUAACAGGUAGUGGGGAUAAGGCUCCUCUUUAUCCUGAAGAAAAAACAAAGUCGCCUGAGAAGAAAGACGAAAAGGUCCUAGCUAAACCAGACGAUAGUUCCAAGUCAGUCAUUGAGACUGUUCAGCCUAGUCCCGAAGAAUAUUCGGACGAAGACUCUGAUGACGAAAUGGAUAUUCCCCAGCCACAAGACAAGCCUAUUAGCCAACCAACUUCUUUGGUGACUUCUGUAUUAGGUAGUGGGGAUAAGGCCCCUCUUUAUCCUGAAGAAAAAACAAAGUCGCCUGAAAAGAAAGACGAUAAGGUCCUAGCUAAACCAGAAGACAGUUCCAAGUCAGUCAUUGAGACUGUUCAGCCUAGUCCCAAAGAAUAUUCGGACAAGCCCCAAGACAAACCUAUUAGCCACCCAACUUCUUUCGUAACUAGCGUUAUAGGUGCUGAAGUAAAAUCUCCACUUCAAUCUGAGGAAAAACCGAAGUCACCUGAGAAGAAAGACGAAAAGGUCCUAGCUAAACCCGACGAUAGUUCAAAGUCAGUUAUUGAGACUGUUAAGCCCAGUCCCAAAGAAUAUUCGGCCAAUGAAGGUGAUUCCAAAAUUGAGAUUCCUAAGCCACAAGACAAGCCUUUUAGUCAACCAACUCCAUUAGUGACACCCUUCACUAGUAUCCAUGACGUUAAGCCCAAAGAAGUUAUAUCCUUCAAGGCAGAAGAAAGUUCAACAACAAUUCAAAAAAAUAUAAUGUUCGCAAGCACAAGUAUAACAACAGAAGAUACCAAGAUAGUUAUACCGAUUGAUUCGCUUUCAAACUUGAAAGACGAUAAGAUCCCAACCUCAUUAGGUGACAAAACAAAGUCACCAAGAGAGUCAGUGAAGCCUAUUUUAAAAGAGUAUUCGGACGAUGAAAGUGAUGAAGAGUUGGGAAUUACCAAGCCUCACGAUAAGCCUGAUAGCCAGUGUUUGGUAACUGCUGUAACAGGUAGUGGGGAUAAGUCUCCCAUUCAUCAUGAAGAAAAACCAAAGUCGCCUGAGAAGAAAGACGAAAAGGUCCUAGCUAAACCAGACGAUAGUUCCAAGUCAGUCAUUGAGACUGUUCAGCCUAGUCCCAAAGAAUAUUCGGACGACGACUCUGAUGACGAAAUAGAUAUUCCCAAGCCUCAGGACAAACCUAUUAGCCACCCAACUUCUUUCGUAACUGGUGUUACAGGUGCUGAAGUGAAAUCUCCACUUCAAUAUGAGGAAAAACCAAAGUCGCCUGAGAAGAAAGACGAAAAGGUCCUAGCUAAACCAGACGAUAGUUCAAAGUCUGUCAUUGAGACUGUUCAGCCUAGUCCCAAAGAAUAUUCGGACGACGACUCUGAUGACGAAAUAGAUAUUCCCAAGCCCCAAGACAAACCUGUUAGCCAACCAACUUCUUUGGUGACUUCUGUAACAGGUAGUGGGGAUAAGUCUCCCAUUCAUCAUGAAGAAAAAACGAAGUCGCCUGAGAAGAAAGACGAUAAGGUCCUAGCUAAACCAGAAGACAGUUCCAAGUCAGUCAUUGAGACUGUUCAGCCUAGUUCAGACGACGACUCUGAUGACGAAAUAGAUAUUCCCAAGCCUCAGGACAAACCUAUUAGCCACCCAACUUCUUUCGUAACUGGUGUUACAGGUGCUGAAGUGAAAUCUCCACUUCAAUCUGAGGAAAAACCAAAGUCGCCUGAGAAGAAAGACGAAAAGGUCCUAGCUAAACCAGACGAUAGUUCCAAGUCAGUCAUUGAGACUGUUAAGCCCAGUCCCAAAGAAUAUUUGGACGAAGACUCUGAUGACGAAAUAAAUAUUCCCAACCCACAAGACAAGCCUAUUAGCCAACCAACUUCUUUGGUGACUUCUGUAUUAGGUAGUGGGGAUAAGGCUCCUCUUUAUCCUGAAGAAAAAACAAAGUCGCCUGAGAGGAAAGACGAUAAGGUCCUGGCUAAACCAGAAGACAGUUAUAAGUCUGUCAUUGAGACUGUUCAGCCUAGUCCCAAAGAAUAUUCCGACCACGACUCUGAUGACGAAAUAGAUAUUCCCAAGCCCCAAGACAAACCUGUUAGCCAACCAACUUCUUUGGUGACUUCUGUAUUAGGUAGUGGGGAUAAGUCACCCAUUCAUCAUGAAGAAAAACAAAAGUCGCCUGAGAAGAAAGACGAAAAGCUCCUAGCUAAGCCAGACGAUAGUUCCAAGUCAGUCAUUGAGACUGUUAAGCCCAGUCCCAAAGAAUAUUCGGCCAAUGAAGGUGAUUCCAAAAUUGAGAUUCCUAAGCCCCAAGACAAGCCUUUUAGUCAACCAACUCCAUUAGGGACACCCUUCACUAGUAUCCAUGACGCUAAGCCCAAAGAAGUUAUUUCCUUCAAGGCAGAAGAAAGUUCAACAACAAUUCAAAAAAAUAUAAUGUUCACAAGUACAAGUAUAACAACAGAAGAUACCAAGAUAGUUAUACCGAUUGAUUCGCUUUCAAACUUGAAAGACGAUAAGAUCCCAACCUCAUUAGGUGACAAAACAAAGUCACCAAGAGAGUCAGUGAAGCCUAUUUUAAAAGAGUAUUCGGACGAUGAAAGUGAUGAAGAGUUUGGAAUUACCAAGCCUCACGAUAAGCCUGAUAGCUACCCAAUAUCUUUGGUAACUGCUGUAACAGGUAGUGGGGAUAAGUCUCCCAUUCAUCAUGAAGAAAAACCAAUCUCGCCUGAGCAGAAAGACGAAAAGGUCCUAGCUAAACCAGACGAUAGUUCCAAGUCAGUCAUUGAGACCGUUCAGCCCAGUCCCAAAGAAUAUUCGGACGAAGACUCUGAUGACGAAAUACAUAUUCCCAAGCCUCAAGACCAGCCUAUUAGCCAACCAACUUCUUUGGUGACUUCUGUAUUAGAAAAACCAAAGUCACCAAGAGAGUCAGUGAAGCCUAUUUUAAAAGAGUAUUCGGACGAUGAAAGUGAUGAAGAGUUUGGAAUUAUCAAGCCUCACGAUAAGCCUGAUAGCUACCCAAUAUCUUUGGUAACUGCUGUAACAGGUAGUGGGGAUAAGUCUCCCAUUCAUCAUGAAGAAAAACCAAAGUCGCCUGAGCAGAAAGACGAAAAGGUCCUAGCUAAACCAGACGACAGUUCCAAGUCAGUCAUUGAGACUGUUCAGCCUAGUCCCAAAGAAUAUUCGGACGAAGACUCUGAUGACGAAAUGGACAUUCCCAAGCCACAAGACAAACCUGUUAGCCAACCAACUUCUUUGGUGACUUCUGUAUUAGGUAGUGGGGAUAAGGCUCCUCUUUAUCCUGAAGAAAAACCAAAGUCGCCUGAGAAGAAAGACGAAAAGGUCCUAGCUAAGCCAGACGACAGUUCCAAGUCAGUCAUUGAGACUGUUAAGCCCAGUCCUAAAGAAUAUUCGGACGACGACUCUGAUGACGAAAUGGACAUUAUCAAGCCCCAAGACAAACCUGUUAGCCACCCAACUUCAUUGGUAACUUCUGUAACAGGUAGUGGGGAUAAGUCUCUUCUUCAUACUGCAGAAAAAACAAAGUCGCCUGAGAAGAAAGACGAUAAGGUCCUAGCUAAGCCAGACGACAGUUCCAAGUCAGUCAUUGAGACUGUUGAGCUCAGUCCAGUAAAAUAUUCGGACGCUGACGAUAUUAAAAUUCGCAAGCCUCAAGACAAUCUUGUUUGUGAAUUAACAUCAUCGCUAACCACAUUAACUAGUAUCUCUGACAUAUGUCCAAAGGAAGUUACACCUAUUAUGUCAGAAGAAGUUUUAACCCCAUUACAAACCAACUCAAAAUCUGCGAGCACCAGUGAAACAACAGUAGAUAUCCAGACAUUUAAGCCAAUAGCCGAGGCUGUUGGUCAGAUGACUUUUUUGUUAAGUCAUUCGGAGGAAAAGUCACAUGGAAUUAGUGCCAUUGCACAGAAAUGUCAGGCGCAGGAAACCUAUUUAGAUCAUGCAGGUGUUGAUUUGGUUUCUGAUUCUGAAGAAAAUAGGUCUGUUCAACAGAUUGUAGAGGAUACCAUCAGGGCUGGUAAUGCUGAGGUACAAAAAAUUGUUGACGAAACACUGAAAAGUGUUCAGAAAACGAGAAAUAUUAAGGAUCAGGGUGUAGAUGAAGGUCGUUCAGUUGAACAAAUAGUUGAAGAUACUCUUAAGAAUGCCAAAUUCAUUCCUGAUAUUUCUACAGAAGAUAAAAUCUGUUGCCCCCAGCCAAAAGAAACUGAAGUUCGUCCGGUUGCUUACUUUGUAAAUUUGGUCGAUGAACAGAAAUUAAUAGCUCCAGUUAAAAAGGCACCAGUUAGAUCACAAUCGAAAAAAAUAAUUAAGUCAAAGACGGGGAAAAUAUUAGAGGAGGCUUCUGCAAAACCGACGAAUAAGUCAACUAUUAGCAAAAGAACACUCGCGGAUAGGGAAAAGUCUAGCCCCAAAUCAGUUUCUCCAGCAAAGACGACUACUGUCAAACAAACUCCGACUAGAAAAGUAAUAACUAUGGACAAAUCAAAACUAUCAAAUAAGACCGAGUCACGACGUUCAGUCACAAGCUCUACUUCGACAACCACCAGUUCAGCUUCCGCUACUAGUCGCGUGAUAAGUGAAAUACACUUCGAGAGAUCAUCAAGUCCUGCUUCGAGUUCCAUUUUCUACGAAAGCCAACCGCAAGGUGAAGGCAGUCGUUCUACCACUCCAAGACCUAGGGUUAAGACUGAUGUCACACGAAUACCCUACAAUACCUCGCCUCGAUCGUUUAGUCCACAGCUAAAAACCACAAAGACAGACAGGAAAGUCGUAAACCAAACUAAAACAACUGUCACUCGAUCUACCAAAGAGCUUACGGAAAAGAGUUCCAAAAAGACUGAGCGAACCGGCAGCCAAGAGCACGUUGAAAAGCGGAAAACUCCGACACCGUCUGCCACCCACAGAUACAUGCAACCCACCCUGGCCCAUAGCAUGAGGUACGGUUUGAGUGGCGAUGGCGACAUUGGCCAGAGUGUCUCCUCGGCACCACCAAAGUCGCCGGCACCACCCAAAUCGCCAGCUCCGGCCCUAACUAAAAGUACUCGAAAAACACAAACUGUUACAAGUGCCUUGACAAAGUCCACAACCCAAAUAACGAAACAAAAAAACUCGAUUGCUGAGAAGAAACCAGCGCAGACCCGUUCCCAGAUUAAGAGAGGCUCACAGAGCGAUAGCAAGGAAUCCCUAAUAAAAAGCACCGACCGCCUAUACAAACGACAAACAUCCAAGGAAAAUAAACUAGCAAACGUGAUAGGCUCCAAGAGCCAAGCAACCAAAAGCAUGAAGACACAAUCAGCUAAUUCAGCCAUAAAACUUGUCUACAAAACUUCCAUAGAAACCGACAACAAGCUUCUGAAGAAGACCACAGCCACUAUACAGCGCACCAAAGUUCCGAUUAGCGUGUCUUCCAGUGCAAGGACUGCAUCAAAGCUAAGCAAGAGUGCUGACACCGUCAAGAGACCUCAGGUAGACAAUAAGAAACCAGUAAAGCGAACGGUAAGCAAAGUAAGUGAAUCCAGUGGCACCAUGAACACCACAGCUACAUCGACCAGAACCGUGCAGAGCUCCAUGGAGCCAAAGCUGCAGAAGAAGAUGAAGGACACGAUGAACGAGUCGAGUUCGAACUCGGGAAGCGGCACCACCAGUACCAGUGGUUCAUCAAAUAGUACGCGACGAAGUGUGCGAUCCGUUAGCACGGCCAGCCGCAAAACGGACAAGGACUUGACCAACAUCCGGCGAGCAAGUGGAGCGGUUGUUUCGACAUCGACCGUACGGGUGCAUCGGGAACCAACAGCAACCACCAGCGCUGUUAGCACCGUGCUCGUUGAUGACGACUGUGAGGUGAUAACCAUACGUUCCAUUAAAUCAAGCGAUAGUACAAAAAGUUCUACCUCAUCAUCCUCCGGUAGCGGCAGCAACAGUCGCAAGGUGCUAACCAGCGAGGUGUUCACUAAAACCUUCGGCCCCGACAAGCCGCUCGAGGUGGUCUAUCGACAGCCAGAAUUUGAUGUAGAACACCACACGAUCAUGUCCGUGCGCCCGCCCUCCACGACAAGCAGCGAUCAGCGGUGCAUUAACGAGUUCGAUGUCAGUUUCAUCGACACCACCGACUCCAGCCUCUCGGAUUCUGUUGCCUUACCCAUGCUAGGCUCCGGUGAUCCUGAUCGCCUGCUGGCCGCCAGCCCCGGUUCGCCCAAGCCCACCCGCAGCCCCCUGGCCCUUAUUGAGGAGACCCUGCGCCGCCAGCAACAGCACCACCAUCAUCAUCAGCAACACCACCACCACAGUAGCGGUGCUAUUGCUGCUGCCCUUGAGCCUUCUUUGUCGAUGCCAGUGGCUUUUGCAGAGAGUCAACUGGAGGCGGAGGUAGGGCUGGAGAAGGGCAGCACUUCCAAAGAAACCCUUCAGGAAAAAAAAGUAGACCUAUCCACUCUGGAUACCGCAAUGAUCUCACAUGAAAUUGGUGAUGUUAAAGUUGGUGGUGGUGAUGAUGAUAGUGAUGGCGAUGGCGGAGAUCUUGUUGCACGCAUUCGCGAGGAAGCCAAUAUUCUGGUGGAUCGCGUGCUCGAAGAAAGUGUCGAGAUCAUUGAGAGUCACGGCCAUCAGGCCAAUGGCCACGAGAUCGCUAAGCUGGACUACAACUCAGAAAGUGAGAAUUAUGCCAUCACAUGCGACGAUAUCGGCGGCGUCGAUGUUAUCAAAUCGCCCACCAUUGAGUCCAUGUCGGGCAAGUCGUUUGACGACAACAUGAGCUUCACCGACGAGCACAUACAUUUACCCUUGCAUGCCCAGAACACGACCACCACCAUGACAACGACAAUUACCACUCAGUUCCAACAGCAGCAGUCCCAGUCUGCUGUCCCAAGUACAUCGGCGGCAAAAGAUCCGGUUCCAGUUCUCGAAUCCGUAUCCGUACCCAUAUCAUUUCCAGUAGAGAGUAGUCGAAAUCAGGCUGAGGACGAGAGUGAAACGAGAGCCAGGCGCAUCGAUCGAAAGAUCGAGAAACUAUCCACGGACAUGGACGAUGUAAGCGCCAAGUUCGAUGAGGCGUUUGAGAUGUCGGUGCCCGAGGACGAGAUCAGCGCCCUGCAGGGCGACUUUUCCAAACUUAGCUGGGAUGAAAGCGUUUCCCCCACGACCAACACCAUGGCCGAUAUGGCACAAAACCAAAUAACUCCCGAUAACGAUAUACAAGAUCUCAUCGCAGAAACAGGCGGCGAUUUACCAAACUCAAGUGAAACCGAUACCACUCCCGUACCACCGUCGAAAGAAUCGGAAACCAAAACCGAAACUGAGCCGACGGUAGUAACCAAUGCAUUCACUACCACCAGCCACGAUACACCCACACCAAAACCAAGAGUACUUAAAGCAAAUUCCCCCGUCUCCGAAGGCACUGAUAGCACUACCAUCCCUGGCCCAGUGCCGAAGCCCGAAAUACCGAUUGAUAUUAGUUUUGAUGCCGCCGCACCGGUUCCAAAGCCCCGUGCUCCUAUUAAGCACACGGAACCUUUCGAAAACCUGGCUGCCCUAGCUGAACAGUCUGAUAGCAUUAGUCUGAGGAGCUUUGAGCUUACAGAGGACAUCUCCAAGACGGACGAGCCCUCCACAGAGCUCUCCAUUCGAUCCCAGCUGCGGGACAUAAUCACCAACACCACCACAGCUUCGGAGGAUCACACCGAAAGCUUCGAGCCAACGAGUGAGAUAUCCGUGGAUGAUGCCGACACUGAAAAAUCAGAGGGUGCCGAAAAGACCACUAGCUUUUAUAUUGGGGAGUCCAGUCGUAAUGUGAUCAUCAAGACAUCGACAAGAUCUGCAAGCGUUACACCGCAAGAAGAGGAAGCUCAGGGCGAAAUUGGCAUUGAUGCUAAAGAUAUUUCCCUAAUGAAGGAGGUAUCCGUUGAUUCUGACGAAGCCAGCGAUGUUUUCAAGGAGUUUAUUACCAUGAAGCCCGAAGAUCCUGCUGCAUUGGACAGCAAGAUAACCAGACAAGGCUCGGAAACCCGGAAUGACAUACUCGAAUUCGAGAAUGCUGAUAAGGACAAGAGUGCAGAGCAAAAGCUGUCCAAGGUAACGACCGAGGAGAGCUUGACCACAUCCACCGGGUCCAGCGGUCGAGCCAUCAUUGAAAUCGCUCCUUCGAGCAGCGAAGAUCCCGAUGAGUCCAGCAAGGAAAUUCCGGAAAUUGUAAAUACAAUCUCUGAGAAGGCAGCCUCCACUGAUAGAUUUGAAUUGCCCUUGGAGAAAAGUGAGUGGGAAACAUCGGAAAAAGAAAUCCCAACUGCGGGCAAACAAAAAGUGGUCCACUCGCCCCAACAACCCCAGGAAACCAGCAUGAGAAGUACGCUUGAUAAGUUUCUCGUAGAGGAAGUUCUUGACGAAGGACAGAACACUGGGGAUCACUCCAGCAGUGAUCAUAAGACUAAUAACCAGCAGGAAGACUUGAUCCAGGAGACCUCUUCAGAACUGGAAUCGAGUCACAUGCCUCAGGCAUUCUCUUUUGCGGGUGAAAGCGAGGAUAUCUCAUCAUUCAUUGGCAUACCCGAAACAAGCAUGCAUACCUCCACUUUGGAUAGUACUCAGCCUCCGGAAGGUCUGUUCGACACCACAAUCAAGGAGACCCUUAAUAAGCAAGCGGCAAUGGCCCAUUAUGCCCAAGAUGUCUUUGGCAGAGGGGAAAGACGUGAUGACCACGGCUCGCUAGGUUUCAUUUCCACCGGCACAGCCGAGGAGUUGAGCUCCAUGGAAGAACACAUGGCAAAGGAGGAACAAGCCUCAUUGGGCUUUAUUUCAACUGAAACCGCCGAGGAUUUCAGCUCCAUGGAAGAUUACUAUUCAGAGAAAUUGGCCGUCGCCAGUGUCAUUGCUGAUGAGGCUGCAACCGAAAAAUCAAUUACAACUAGCACCUUUGAAGAGCUUUCGUCUGAUCAAUCCAUGAAGCCAAUUGACGCUGUGGUUCAUCGACUUAAAACCGAGACAUCGCCGGACUCCAUGAACCGCUGGUCCAUUCCCGAUGUAGACACCUCCAGCUCAAGCGAGAGCUUCCACAGAAGCUUCGACAAGACUCAAAGUCGACCUUUGUCCUCAGACUUGGAUAACCUUUUAACCACCACUGGCACUGGAACCUCCAGUGAGUACCAAACAGCGCGGGAAUUCACCACCACUGGUCGCACAGAGGGAACCGAAUAUAUUAGUGCAGUCAGCACCCUCGGAAGCAGUAGCUUAGAUUCACAGUCGGAGACUUCGGCCAAUUUGGCCAGCAUUGAUGUGUCCGAGCUGUCGGAGACAUUGGUGGCCUCCUCUGCUGAAGUCGAUGCCUUUGAGGCCGAAGAGAUGUCGCGUCUGCGCGAUCUUCGCGCCGAUGACGAGGACAGUGAUGAGAGUGUAGAACUGCCAGGAACUGCCUAUCCGACCAGCGAACAGCAGAGCCUCAUGAAGCGCUCCCAGGAAAUGAUUUUCAAGCCAAAAACUCUGGACGAGGAGCCUUUGCCCGUUCAGGUUGCGCAAAUCGAGGAAUAUCCUAAGCCCAAGGAGGCGGAGCGCACCUGGGGCCUGGCCUAUCCCUUGGAGGAUAGCAAGGUGGAUAGUCCGCGGGAGAGUGAAAAAAGCGAGGACAUCCUCUUGUAUCACACAGAUCCACGUCGGUCCAUUGACGAGUCUAAGCUGGCCUCCAGCCUAGACGAAGGCAGCAUUCUAUCCGUGAGCAUGUCAAGCACAUCCAACAUCGAUACUGUUGUAGAGAACUUUGAUGAUAUUAUUGGAUCUGCCGGAUCUUCUUCGUUGACCGGUAUCGAGGGUUUCCAGUACGGCCAUGAUGAGUCUAUUCCAUCUGCCUCAGUGCCCGAAGACGCCACAUUUAUGCUGGAAAUGGAGAGCAAAGAGCAUUCACCGCAGGAUUCUAAUGCCAGUACUCCUCCAGGCGGGGAAUCAAAACGGCGCGGUCACAAACGUAAUGAGAGCAUCUCGGGAGAUGCCUUGAAAAACUUGGACAAGGAGGUUGCAUUACUGGGCGAGGGCAAGGAAUCAGAAAGCGAAUCUGACACGGAUCCCUACGAAUCGGAAUAUGCCCGCCAGUUCCGUUCCCCCAAAGAACGAAAGAGCAAAAAGAAGAAGCAGGCGGCAGCCGAAAUGGAUCACAGUGGCGAGCUGGAAAAGCGUCCAUUUACACCAUCCCAGUUGGUAGCCGAGGUCAUCGUGGAGGACAGUGUCACAGAGGAGUUAGAGGCAGAGGCUGCGAUGAUCGAGGAGCGCCGCCCAUCUCAAAAUAUGCAGGACUAUUCAAACAUACCCGACAUUAUGGUCACGGAAGACAUCAAAUCACCCAUCCUGGAGGAGGAGACCGACGAGUUCCCCGAGAAGAUGCUCUACAAAGUGCGCACCGAGGAGGAAUUGCACAAGGCAAGCGACACCUCGGUAUACCAAAAGGCCAAGGCCGAGGAGAAGGAGCAGGACUUUCAACGACGAGUGCAGGAACAAUACCGUCAGAAGCUCGAGGAACUGAAGCGCGCUGAAGUGGGAGCUGAAUACGAUGAUCGCAAGGCUCCCGAUUCACCAGACUCCUUUGAAAUGGUCGAACAACCCGAUAUCUCAGAUGAAUUCGUCAUCAUUGAGGAGGUGGCCAAGGAGGCCAACGAAGUAGAUCUCGGCGGUCAGAGCAUUAAGAUUAAACCAAUUAAGUACGAGCAAAAGCACGACGAGGAUGUUGAGAAGAUCAUCAUCAAGUCAGCGCCUGCGGAUCCAAAGCUGGGAUCCCAGCUCUACAAGGACGAUCUGAAUUUUGAGUUCGAGGAAAGUCCUCCCACUGGAGCCAGCAGUAGUAGCGAGCAGCAGGAGGAGAGCGAUUCCAGUGAAACCGCAGCUGCCAACAAGCGCUGGGUUGAGAUGCAGUUGACCGACAACCAGCUGCGGUAUCCAUACGAUUUAGCCGGAGCCGUGCUGGAGGACAUUAAAGAGGAAGACGGAGAGUUUGAGGUGGGCAGUAGCCGCAUCAGCAGUUUCAAAGACUCCUUCUCGAGCACCCCCGAAUACGAUGUGGCAGCACGGCGCUAUCAUUCCCGUGGCGAGCACGACGAUGUCUCAAUGAGUAGUCUACAGGAGUUUGAGUCUCUGGAGCAAGCCAUUUCGCUGGAGAACCGGAAUCGCACACACCAAGGCUCCACGGAUUCGAGCAAUGGAAGCUUCACCCGCCGAUAUGUGGUUCGUCACAGUGGCAGUGGAACUGCCCCCGGUGACGAUGUAUCGGUCUCAAGUCUCAAGGACUUCGAGGGUCUCGAGAAUGCCUGCAUUGAAGCCCACCUGAUUGAGAUCAAGGCCAGGGAGGAAGCGGCAUUACUUUCGCGCUCUGAUGAGUCCAAUAAAUCGAAUGGCAGCGAUAAAGGAGCCGCGGGUAAUGUUGUCGUGACCAAGGUGACGCGCACCGUAACCCGCACCGAAGUGGUGCCCUCCAGUCAAGUAGAGAGCAUCGAAGCGCUGCUAAAGCAGAAGCUGGAGCGGGAGGAAGGAUCCGUUCAAGGGAAAGUCACCGACAUGAGCACCACUGAGUUGGAUACCAAGUCCAAGAUUGACAGCCAGGACUCCGAAAAGGAUAGCAUCGAUAGCAUGGAGAUCAGCAAGAGCCACGACAUGAUGACCAGCAGCAUUGAGAGCUUUGACAUCUCCAAGGAUGCCACCACGAGAUCGGACAUUGACUCCUUGGAGAUCGACAAGCGACACUCGCGACAGGAGAGCAUAGAAUCCUUCGGCGAUGAGCAGCUGGAUCUUAUGACCAAGUUCGUAAGCGGCGGCGGUGGAGUGACACUGGGUGAUGGCCUGACCACCACCACGACCACGACAACCACCAGCACGGAUGCCGAUGGGCACGAGCACACGGUGACCAGGGUGAUAACCACUACAACAAAUGUGGGUGGUGGCAUCCAGGAACUUCCCAUGGAUGAGUCCGGAAUGUCGAAGGACGUAUCGGUGGAUUCCUUAAACAUGUGCGUGGAGCAAACAACCAGUUCGGCUGGCACAACGGCCACCUACCAGACUAGCGCUGGUAAUUCCCAGAUGUCCGGGAGCGUUACCAGCUGUGCCUCCAGCACUCUCAUGGAGGAUUCGUUCCCUGGUGUGGGUGGCAUGUCGUCGUCACAAAUGUCGGCCAGUUUUUGGUCCCACGAUGAGUCCACGGUGGUCGAGGAUGAAGGACGCGAUCUCGCCAAGCAGCCACACCAAGGCCACUAAACGCUGGAUGGGAUUAGGAGACAGACUCUUAGGGACAGAGAGAAAGAGCGAGAGGGAGAAGAUAUGAGAUAUAUAUGAGAUGUCACACGUAAUCCCAUAUGAAAAUGGGGCUUGAACGGUGACUUAGAAUAUUUGGCUAGACAAGGCGCCCUUCUAGACGCAGCACUAAUGAAGGAGUCUCUGGACGAGGAACGCAUCUUUACCGGCUCUGAACAUCACCGAUUUCAAAUCGAACAGCGAGAGGGAUUUAUUAAUUAGCAAAUUUGACAUUUUCCAUCUACACACACACAGACAUACCCCCCACACACACACACACAUUUUUAAUGAUAUUGAAGUGCAUACACGAGUUUUUAAAGGCAAAUAUAUAUAUUUUAUAUAUUUAUAAAAACUAUAAAAUCGCAAACAUGAAUACGAAUAUGAAUAUGGCAAGCAUUAGCCGUUCAACGCAUUUUCUUAUUGGCUUUAAUGUUUAAAAAUUAAAUAAAGUUACGGCAGAAACCGAAAAUCUUUGUGCUAGGCGUUGUAAUGGAAUACACUUUUGCUUUUAAUUUGAUGUAGUUAUUAUAUAUGUACAUGUACGAAGGAUACUUAUUAUUAAAUGAAUCGCUUAUUAUUGUAGUUUAAUUUAAGCAAUUAUACAAACGCAUGUGAAAAAGGGGACGCAAUGAAAUAGUUGAAGCGUGGCAAAUGAAAUGCUUUUAAAGUCUCAUUUUUUUACAAGAACCAAGCAAACUUUUUUCGCUUGCAUAUUUUAACAGUGAAAUAUACAUAAAUAUACAAUCUGAAAAGCAGUGCAUAGAUCAAAUUUAAAGCAUAUACAAACAACAUAUGAAAUUAAUUCACAUAGAAAUACCAAAAAAACAGCCAUUAAGUGUAUCGCUAAUUUUCGUAAUGCACAUCUUGCGUGAACGAGUAUUUGUCAAAGAACCUACUUAUUGAAAGGAUUUAAACGUUUUAGCAUCACCACUGUAAUGGAAUAUGAAUAAAAUAAUAUUUGUGUUAAAAACAUACAAGAAAUAUUGAAUGAAAAAAAAAACAUUAUUGUAUUGUAAACCCACACGCGUAUGAAUAACCAAAUAAAAUGCUUAAUACAAAU